GCAAGGUCAUUCGGAUGUUACAAAAUGGUAAAUUACGCCCUAUUUGGUUUGUAGCGUAUUCAUACUGUGUUGUUCAUCCCGGUCAUCAUCAUCAUGGCGGCAUCUCAACACAAACUGAAGAUGCAGAACCCCCAGGACAAGUGGACCUUGAGAGAACAGCUAUGUCUGGCAUCAGCUGUGCUCAGAAGUGGGGAUCAGAACUGGGUAUCUGUAAGUAGAGCUGUGAAACCUUUAGCUGAACCUGGUCUUCAGAGACCACCAGACUUCUAUUCCCAGAAGAACUGUGCAUCUCAGUAUUCUACACUAUUGGAACAAGUGGAGGCACCAAAGAGAAAGCGAGGUAACCAGGGUGAGGUGGAGUCUCAUUGUGAGAUGAUUGCACGGAAGUUAACCAUGGAGAGAAUAGAGGAGCUGAAGAGACUAGUGCGAAUAGACCAACAGAACUACAGGCGUCUGAAGGCAGAGCUGAUCAAAGUAAAGAGUGGGGAGCUUGAUCAUCAGCUCAAGGACAUGUGGAACGAAAUCCAGGCGAAGAAGAAAGCUUCUGAAGAAGCUCUGGAAGCUCAGCGUCGGGCACAGGAAGAAGCAGAGGCAGCCAAGGCAGCUACACAAGGACCAGUCUUCUGUAUACCUGAGGUAACCACAGGUAGGUAUUAGUACAUUUCAGAAAUUCCCCUCAUAGAU